AUGCGAAUUGAGGGUUGCUGUUUUGAUUCUGUAAGAGAAGAUGAAGAAGUGCACAUCCCCCAGGGGUAUGUGUGUCCUCACUUUCUCCUCCCCUGCUGUUUGCUGACUCCACAGAGCAGCUCCCACCGGAUCAGGAUCUAUGAGCGAGAGGACUACAGAGGUCCAAUGGUGGAGCUCACCGAGGACUGCUCGUCCCUUCAGGACCGCUUCCACUUCAGUGAGAUCCACUCCCUCAACGUGCUGGAGGGCUCUUGGGUCCUCUAUGAGCUGCCCAACUACAGGGGACGGCAGUACCUGCUGAGGCCGGGGGAAUACAGGCGGUACCACGACUGGGGGUCCAUGAGUUCCAGAGCGGGCUCUUUGAGGAGAGCUGUGGAUUUCUACUGA